AUGGCAGUGCAUUCCAAAAACGAGGCUCUGAUGUGCAAGGUAUUCUUAUCCAGUUUAGGGCCUGUGGCAAUGAGAUGGUUUGACGACUUGGGAGCGAGUUCCAUUGAUUCCUUUAAGGAGCUCACUCAGGCCUUUGGAUCCCGCUUCAUUACAUGUAAUAGGGUUCCUCAGGCUUUAGACUCCCUACUGUCUAUGGCCAUGAAAGAAGGGGAGACCCUGAAAAUGUACUCAGGCAGGUACUGGGAGAUGUUUAACAAGAUAGAUGGUGAAUUUAACGAUGUGGCCAUCAGGACUUUCAAGGUCGGCUUACCUGCCGAGCAUGGUUUGAGGAAGUCUUUAACUAGGAAACCCGCUACUAGUGUACGCCAGCUCAUGGACCGAAUUAAUAAGUACAAGAGGGUCGAGGAAGACCAACAACAGGAGAAGGGGAAGGCUAAGGUUGUCCCUCAGGAGAGGAGGGACUUCAGGUCGGACCGAUACAACAAUAAUAGACCCCAAAGAGAUUUUGCAAUGCAGUCUGGGCCUACGGCUCCUUAG